AUGACAUCAUUAUCAGAUGAAAAUUUAAUCCCUUUAUUGGAUACUAUUUUGGAUGAAAUGAAUUUAUAUUUAUCAUUAUUUAUCUUCAUCUUUGGAAUAGUUGGAAAUAUAUUGAAUUGUCUAGUUUUAUCUCAACGAAUACUACGUUCGAAUCCGUGUGCAUUAUACUUCUUGAGUUCAUCUAUUGUCAAUCUUAUUUCUAUUGUAUUUGGUCUCACGACUAGAAUAAUGGCCAGUUGGCAUCUCGAUCCAACACAUACAAAUGAUUGGAUUUGUAAAUUUCGUGUUUAUAUCGUAUUUACUUCACGAAGUAUGUCGAUAUGGUUAAUUAUGUUAGCGACUGUGGAUCGAUGGUUAUUAUCAUCUCGUAAAGGUUCUCGUCGCAAUUUAAGUAAUUUAAAAAUAGCAAAAUUGGGCAUUUGCACAAGUUUUGUUCUAUCGAAUUGGUUUUAUAUUCAUAUGAUUUAUUGUUAUGAAGCUAAUAUUUUAGAUGCACCAUUAAAAUGCUACGGAAAAAAUACAGCAUGUCGUUUAGUAACUGAUUUAGUUUAUGGAUUAUUGACAAUUUUAAUUCCAUCAAUCGUAAUGAUGUCUUUUAGUAUUAUGAUUAUUUCUAAUAUUCAUCAUUUACGUGGUCGUAUAAAACGUGUAACUAUUUUAUCAAUAAGAGGUUCAUUACAACGAAGACAAAUGCGAUUAAGAAGCGCUGAUCAUCAUUUACUUCGUAUGCUUUUGAUAGAAGUUCUUCUUUUAGUUAUAUUUUGUCUACCGCAAGCUUUACACAAAUUUUAUAUUACAUUUAAGCCAAUAAAUUCAAAUAACAAUCGGCUAGUGGCACUGAAUCAUUUUUUGUAUAAUUUCGAUGUACUCCUUGCUUUUAUGGUUAAUGGUAUGCCAUUUUAUCUUUAUACAUUAGCAGGAAAAACGAUUUUUCGACGAGUUUUACUUGAACUUUUACGUAUGUUUCGUCGAAAAAUAAAACUUCAAUAG